AUGGCAGCGGCUGAGACGGUUUGGCAGCAGCAGCAGCACGUUGGCCGCACGCGUCGCCGAUCGCUGCUGCCGCACCCAGGACGCACGCAGGACGCAGAAGCCGAGCAGACAGACAGACAGGCACCGCACACGGCCCAGCCACCACGCACCGCGCUGCCCAGUGGUCGUGGUGGUGAUGAUGAUGGUCGACGCUCUCUCGCCGAUGAUCCUGCCAGACAUGCCAGGCGUGCUGCAAUCAUCCACGACCAAAAUACCACCGACUCGAUGCCACAAAAUUCCCCGCCAGAUGCCACUCGACCCAGGCGCUGCACCUCGCGAGGUUCCAUGCGUUUGCGUGUCCACUUCGACAUGCGCCGAACGCUGCCCAUCCCCUCUCCGGCGCUGCACGACGAUGCAUCACCACCGCUCAGCUUACCAGGAUCGGCUCAUCGUCUUGACCGGUUCCUUGCUCCUGCAGGCACGACAAGGAGCAGAGCGCUUAUUAGCUCGAGGCGAAAGAUGGAAUCGCAGCUGCACGUCGAACUUGCUCACCCACUCAGCAGCCCUUCCUCAACCGCACUCUUUGCCUGCAAUGUUAAUCAGGACCACGUUGUGCGUGCGCACACAGUCUUUCCAUACCACACGUUCGUGCGUAAGCUCGGCGACCGAUCAAUCCGCCAUCAUCGACGUCCAACAACGCAUCGCGCCAGUGAAGCGACGUGGGGAUGA